CCUGGUGUUUGUGUUCACGUCUCUGGAGAGGGCAGGCCGUACCUCGAAGAACUGAAGAACCACCUAAAGGGGAUUCAAACCCAUGAGUCUGGAGCAGAGCCCACACCCUGGUACAAGACUAAAGACGUGAUUCACCGAAUGAAACUCAAAGCCAAGGUGUUUAGUGACUUUGCAGACGCCAACAAAGACCAGGACACAAAGGCUCUUCAGUUCCUGGCAGUGAGUUUGACUGAUGAAAACCACAAAGAAGCAACCGUCUAUCUUUAUGAAGAUGGGUUUCUCAGCAGUGAGAGCUUUGAGCUCCCUUCUAAACCAGACUCAGUGACUGUGAGCAGAGCCACAGUGCACAGUGUGAGUCUGCAGGUCAGAGCUCUCUCAGUGGGAGCGGAGAACGUCUGUGGAUACAGAGUGGAGUUCUGUGAGAAAGGACAGGAGCAGUGGAAGCAGCAGCUCCAGGCUGAAGCUGGAGAGGUCACAGUGACAGGCCUGAUCCCAAACACAGAGUACAGCUUCACAGUGAGAGCCGUCACUGAGGCGGGAGUAGGUCCAGCUGCUCCUCACACCUCCAUGAAAACCUUACCCUGCAGCCCUCCAGAAGACCCCAGCGCCACCUCCACCUCCUCAAAGAUCUACGCCCGCUGGAAGAAACCUGCACAGGUGGGACCAGGCAUCCAGACCCUCAGAUACAUCGUGGAGUACGCUGAGACCGGAGACACACUCCGGUGGAUGAGAGAAGAGUCCUGUUCUGAGGAGAAGGUGAUCUCUGGACUUAAGCAUCAAACAGAGUACAUCCUCAGGAUCCGCUGUGACUGUGGAAAGGACGGAACCAGCUCAGAAAGCUCCACUGUGACCAUCACCACCAAAACUACAGCAGAAACCAUUUUAGACAUCAUCCUUAGAGGUUAUCCUUUUCCUCAUUGAUGGAUUCAACAUUUAUAUUAAUCUCACUGUGUAUGUAAUGAUUUCAUGAGUUUGCAGAAGGUCACAAAGUCCUAUCUAUUCAAUAACAGGAAACAUCUUGGGCGACCAUUGCUUAAGGAGGAUAAACUAAGGAGGAUGAAAUGAGGAAGGGCAGACUGACCUUAACUCACUGUACUGAAGUGUUAUUUUUGUGUUUCCUGUAAGCAAAAAGGAACUACUCAUGUCGUAAUGUUUUGCAUGUUCCCCCUCCCGUUCUGAGAGGAGUAGUUCCCAUGUAACUAGGGGUCCUAAUAUUGAAUAAAAGGCGUGGAGAAACGAGAGAAGGCUUUAGAGAGUAUUGGGUGAACAGCUAGUUACAUGUAACUAAAGCUCUUCUCUUGGUUACU